UCCCUCACGCUCGUCGCUCCCAUAGUCUCGGCGAUCGAGGUUACAAUCCCGCUCGCUGCAUCCCUCAGGUGCAGCAUCAGUUAUGGGCAACCUCGUUUCGCUUUCAAUCGAGCAAGAUAGAUGGGUCGAUUGGGCAGGGACGACGGAACCGAAUAAGUUUUUCAACAACGUCCUUGAUAACUUGGUCCAAAUCACCAACACUCCUCCCUUCGUGAGAAUAGGCGGUAGCUCAGAGGACCACACUGAUUUCAGCUAUGAUAUCGAAUACGAAGAAGAUAUUUUCCCUGCUUCGACUGCCAUCACGCCAUACCCAAGAGCCACUAAUAUUACUGUUGGACCAGGCUUCUAUGACAUCAUCUCUCAUCUUCCAGAAGGGACGCAGGUUCACUGGGGCGUCAACCAGAGGGAGGACAACCUCACGGCGACCUACCUCGAAACUGUCGCGCUCAUGAACGCAUUUUCCUCCCCCGCCGUAGUAGAUAAAAACAUUACGUUGAAGUUCAUCGAAGUCGGCAAUGAGCCUGAUCUCUACUACAUCAAUGGGGGUCGUAACGGCAGCUGGAAUGUACGGGGAUAUGUCUAUGAGUGGGAGAAAUUUGCGCUCAACGUGUCGACGACAGCCAAGCUCUCCAACACAUCAUAUACAAAACUGAUCGGCGCUGCCUUCGCUGGGUCUUCUCACAACAACCUCAGCGGCUUCUCUCCUCAAGCUAUAUUUAACAUCGGCAUCCUUAAGCUUCCUGCUGGCCAGCUAAUUGAGACCAUUUCGCAACACCAAUACAGUGGCUCAUUCUGUACUGGCGGGAAAGCCAUGCUGCAGGAUUUGAUGACCAAGAGCUAUAUCCGCGGUAAUAUCUCCAUGUUCAGCCCUGACAUUGAAGCAACCAUUGCCAAUGGUCUGAACUACAUCCUCGGGGAGACAAACAGUAUGAGUUGCAACGGUGCAUCUGAGGUCAGUAAUACAGCCGGCGCUGCCCUCUGGUUACUCGACUACUCUUUAUAUGCCACACAAGUCGGUAUCAGUCGGUUACAUUUCCACGAAGGUGUUGGGUACAAGUUCAAUUUGAUUCAACCCGUGACGCUUGACUACUCGAUCCUCGACGGCUCUCCAAUUGCGCCACUGGCACCGCAUAUACAACCACCGUACUACGCAGCUAUCAUCGUUGCAGAGGCUAUCGGGUCAUCUGGAACUGCGCAGGUAGUCGAAAUUGCCAUCGACGAGAAUAAUGUAUCAGGCUAUGCAUUUUAUGAGCAUGGUACUCUCUCGAAAGCUGUGUUCAUAAACACGAUCGCAUACUUUUCUGGCGCUGGUGCGAGAACAUCCACUCACAUUGAUUUUUCUUUCACUGGUUCCGGACAUACGGUUAAGGAGAUGAGCGUGAAGACACUAAAAAUUGGGUAUGCCUCCGAUACCAACCAUCUGACUUGGGGAGGUCAGACGUACGAGACAAGCGACGGUAUAGUUAGCGGGCCCCUAACUUUGGAGAUAUUACCUAUCAGCUCCGGAGUUGAUUUGCAAGAGACGGAAGCGAUCCUUGUCACGUUUCUUUGACGUGUAUCGUUUGGCUCGUACAAAUACCCUUCAUAACAUAAUACACCCUUCCAUACCCCCCAGGAUAAUAACUCGAUUCAAAACAAGUGACUCUAAUGCACGGUCACUUCGUCGUUAACGUCAUUGGUAAGCCCUUCGAAAACUUGUUAGGAGUUGCUGGCUAUCCCCAGACAAUACAAGACCGU